AUGCCACAUGAGGUCACUGAGCCCUGCCUUGCCUUACAGAUCACCUUCUAUGAGGACCGCGGCUUCCAGGGUCGCCACUAUGAGUGCAGCAGCGACCACUCCAACCUGCAGCCCUAUUUCAGCCGCUGUAACUCUGUACGCGUGGACAGUGGCUGCUGGAUGCUCUAUGAGCAGCCCAACUUUGCAGGCUGCCAGUACUUCCUGCGGCGUGGGGACUACCCUGACUACCAGCAGUGGAUGGGCUUCAGCGACUCCAUCCGCUCCUGCCGCCUCAUCCCCCACUCCGGCUCUCACAGGAUCAGGAUCUAUGAGCGGGAGGACUACAGAGGCCAGAUGGUGGAGAUCACCGACGAUUGCUCCCACCUCCAGGACCGCCUCCGCUUCAGUGACUUCCACUCCUUCCACGUGCUGGAGGGCUACUGGGUCCUCUACGAGAUGCCCAACUACCGGGGGCGCCAGUACCUGCUGAGGCCCGGGGAGUACCGACGCUACCACGACUGGGGCGCCAUGAAUGCUAGGGUGGGCUCUCUGAGGCGAGUCAUGGAUUUCUAUUGA